CGCUCGCCUGGCCUUAGCUUGUGCCACACUGACGUUGCUCUACUGCUUGCAAUCAUCCUUCAUCUCGAGAGAUAUAGUGUCACCAGAGAUGGCGAGCGCCUUGAAAAUCCUGACUGUUGCGCCUCGUACUAAGCACACAGCUACGGUCAUAUUCGUCCACGGACUUGGGGAUACAGGUUAUGGCUGGAAGCCGGUGGCAGACAUGUUCCAAGGCGAUCCUGGGCUUAGCCAUGUCAAAUGGGUGCUCCCUCAUUCACCGUCAAGGAGGGUAACUGCCAAUAUGGGAAUGGAAAUGCCCUCAUGGUUUGACAUCCUGUCCUUUGGCUUCGACUCCCCGGAAGACGAGGAAGGCAUGCUCGAGACGCAGCAAUCAUUGGAGCAACUCAUUUCGAACGAAGUGUUGGAAGGCAUCGAUCCGUCCCGAAUUGUCUUGGGCGGCUUCAGUCAAGGGGGAGCCAUGUCCUUGCUGACCGGUCUUACGAUCGACAAGAAGCUCGGGAGCAUCGUUGUCCUCAGUGGUUGGCUAGCUCUGAGGAAUAAAAUAAAGAAUAUGGUGUCUCCUCACGCGAAGUCUGUGCCCAUCUUCUGGGGCCACGGGACCAGCGAUCCCCUCAUCAAGUACCAAUUUGCUUUGGACUCGCUGGAGUUUAUGAAGUCGAAUUUGGAGAUCAACACAAUAGAACGCAAAUCUGCAAGUCCUAACUCUGGUGGUGUGGUCUUCAACUCGUAUCCAGGCAUCGGGCACUCUACCUCCCAGCAGGAGUUAGACGAUCUACGUGAAUGGCUGAAGCAGAUGUUACCUAAGGAGAGUCCAUGAAUGAUCCCAAUUUAUCGAAGCAUGCUUUCAGAAGGACAGCGUAACUCGAAAGAGAUCUAGUGACGAACUAGGACAGCUGUUAAGUUCGAUAUAUGAUGUUCAUCUAGACGAGAGAUUUGUUUGUCAAUGUACGGCUAGUUGGUGGGAACAGUGCACCCCACCGUGCAUGGUGUGUGUCCUG